AUGUAAAAAAUAUACAUUCUUGUGUAUAAAGAUACAUUUGUUUAAACUUUAAUAAAAGAAAAGAGCUAGUUAUAAAUGAGGUUUAUCUUAGUUUUAAUAAUUGGAUUUAUAAUGAUUAAAUAGAAUACCUGUUCGGGUAUUGUGAAACUAAAUCUUUAAAAAGUUGUACCAUUAAAAAUGGGUUACUUUAAUAAAUUAUCAUUUACAAGUGACCAAUUUUGGGAUGCAGAUUCAUCUCACACAAUGUCAUAAGAUGGUGAACUUAAACUAUAAUUACUUUAUCCUUACGACUCUUCUCGAUUUGAUACCUUCAUUUUUCAAUAAGAAAGCGAUUUUUAAAUGUAUUACAGUAAUGUUAAAGAUAUAAAAAAUUAAAGAUCAUGUGUGGAAAAUAGUCCUCUUAAUUUUACAAACAAUUAAAUUAUGCUUAGAAAAAACAACAUAACUUUUAAUAUAAGUGAUUUAGAUAAAUAGAUAGUUGUUAUUGAUAACACGAAGUACCCAUGUAAUAAUGGUAGCUACUAUCCCCUUAUUUAACUUUAUUAUGAAUAUACAGUGACUUUUAAUUUUGAGUAUUCUUAUUAUUAUGCAUGCAAAUCAGUAAUUUUGAUAGGAGUGCUUGUUAUUCUAAUUAUUAUAUCAGGCAUCAUCAUAUGCUAUUUCAGAUAAAGGAAAUUAAGAAAGAAGUUGCUCAAGAAGUAACUUGAAGAGAAUUAAAUGCUUGAGUAGAAAGAUUUAAUAAAUGACAUAAAUAAUUCUAAUAACGAAAAUAUUACAAGCGAAUUUUAAAGUGAUAAGUCUGUUGUUAAUUCUUUAGCUUCUUUCUCAGCAGGCUUCUAAAAAUCUUACCACUAAAAGAGCUUCUUUUAAAAUAGUUUAUAACAGAGCUAAAACUUAAAUUCACGUGCAGCAAAUACUCAAUCUGGUAAAUCUCUUGGUUAAUAAUCAUAGUAUGGCAGCCUGGAUGAUAAUAGUAUAGCUAACAAGCUUUCAAGAAAUGUUGAUUCAAGAAGAGAUACUGGGAAUAAUCGUAGCAUCUACGACGAUAAAAAAUCUUCAGAUAACUCAUUUAAUGUAUAUAACGAAACUUCGUUUAAUUCAGAUUAAUAGUUUAGUUUUGUUGAUAAAUUUUAACCAAAGCAGUUUACUUCCAAUAACAGUCUUCCAAAAACAAAUAAUAGCUUUAUUAAAAACAAUAAUACAAUAAAUUAUUACUAGAAUGAAGAAUUGCAUAAAAUUUAAGAAGAAGAUGCUAUACCAGGUUCUCCUUAACUUAGAUUCAAAAAAAAAUGA